CUACUGGUCGGACCCGGUAGGCUGCGACACCAUAGCAACUCCCCUUGACCCCUCCCUCCCUCGGCAUUCGCAGCAUCACCCUUUACACUGCACAGUCAUAUUUGGUCCUCCGGAAAUAUCCUCAGCACGGAAAUAUAAAUGGGUAUGCCCCAAAAUGGAUUCUCAGUUGGCUUCAGUCCUGACCAGUGGCAGCCUGGAUGUCCAAAAUGGCAGCCAGUGUGCAGAGGGAUCAGGGCCAGUGACAGAGGUUUAUUUGGACCCAAAGGAAAAAACCUCAUCCAGUACUGUACCAGGUAACCUCCUGCCCUGCCCUGUCAGAGCAGCAGUGACCAUCAGACAAGAUGCUCUAUCAAUCAAUGGAAAUAAGCCAGAGGUGGGCGGGACUUCUAAGCCAGCCUCUCAGGAAACAAGCAAGAUUGGUGGGUUCAGACAGCCAAUUACAGUAAAGACUGGAGUGCCUGUGUUGCGCAGCCGACCAAUCAGACUCAAAAUUGUUGUUCCCCCACGGUGCAAGAGGCCAAUCACAAACUCUGCCAUAAGCCUGACCAAAGACUUUGCUCGCUCACAUCUUAGGAGACCUGUUUCUGUCUCAUCUGGGGCUGUGAUCACAGAGAAACACAGAAGUCAAAUCCAAAUAUCUGCUGUCAAGAAUGAAGAAGAAAUCAAGAAAGUUACUCACCAAAAGACUGAAGACGCUAAACCCGAAUCAUUCCAGGAGAAAGAGGCAGAGAGACGGGGAGAUGUGUGCAAAGAGAGAGAUGUUUCGGGUGCUAAAAUCCACACUGAUGGCUCGAAAACUCCUUUGCUCGCUAACACUAAUAAUACAGUUCAAUUACUGGACCAGCAAGGCAUUAAAGAGGAAACCACAGAGAGAGAAAUUGAGGAAAAUAUUCCACUUAUUUUGCAAGAAAUGGACUUGAAGUCUUACAAGAGGUUUGUUGAGGUGGAAAUGGAGGAACAGACAGAACCACUGGACCUGAGUUUGCCUAAGAAAAGAGAGAGUCGAGAGAGGAGGUGUGGACGCUUUCUGGAUGAUUUUGGCUGCGAGAGCUCGCUGAUUAUGGAGGUGGAUGAAUACGAGGGCGAGGGAGACAGAGACAUAGUAGAAGAGGACAAUGAGGGCGAUGAAGACUCCCUCCUGUCUCCCUCUUUCUUUUCCACCUCUGUCUUCACCUCCCUCUCCUCGAUAGAGGGCGACACUGAAAACCUUCUUCUCAUAGACGACCAGGGAAUCCCGUAUACUCUCAGUCCAGACGGAGUCAAAGUGCCGCAAGUCGAUCCCGCGUCAGAGGAUCAUCCGUCGGAUCAGGCUUAUCCAGCAGAGGUAGAAAGAAGGGGGUCACCACGAUUGGCCUCAAUAGCAGAGUCUAGCCUCAGCCAAAGUUUAGAUAAUGCACUAAAUGCACCUUCGGAUGAUCUUUACCCCUCUCCACCCCCCGCGACUGAUUCGCCAUCGCUUGGUGCCGAUCAGACAAAGACUCCAGAAGUCUUCACAAAUUUGAUUGCAAACUCUGAUCCCUCUAAGGCUGCAGAGCCUAGUGUUAAAUCUGUUCAGCCUAAUGCUGUUCUGUCUCCUUCCUCUGGGAUAUCAGUCCCCACCCAGCCCAUUCAGAUCCUCACAAAUCCUUCGACUAAUGCUCCGUUUCUCCUCCUGUCGCCCCCCUCUUCCUCCCCUCAGCUCUCCUCAGCACCGUUGGGUCUCACGCUUCCUCUUUCAGUAACUCAGACCUCACCUGGUGCGUCCAGCCCCAUGUUCCUCCUCCUUUCAUCUGUACCCUCUUCCUCCGGUGACUCUUCCUCUACCUCCACCCCUAUCGCUGUCCUCGACCCCUCCACUGGUCAGUUGUCCCAGAUCACAGCAGCCUCAGCUCCGGUCUCCCUUCCUCUGCCCUCUGGUCAGGUCAGCACCCUUGGAUCACCUCUGCCCACUCUGUCUCACCCCGUCAUCAGACUGAGCCCCAAUAACCCCCCUAUCAUCCUGUCGGGAGUGAAUAAUGUCAACGCUGGCUCUGUUCUCACCUCUCUUGCGGUGCGUUCGUCUUCUCCAGCUCUUCAAAACGACCACCACAGCACACAGACUCCCCUCCUUCACCCUCAGAUCAGCUCCCCCGAUUCAAACUCUGGAAAUGAAGCCAUAUCUGCUGAAGAAGUCUCAAAUGAAAACAACAAGCCAUCAACUUUUACAGCAUCCUCGCCGCACCCGCAGUCUGCUACUUUGACCUGUGACCCCUUAGCUCAGCCCAGUGCAGAGACCCAGUCUCCAGCUUCAGAGCCCCAGUCUGACCUGCACUCACAACAUUUACCUCUGGACGACCAUCUUUACUUCUCCAACGCUGCUGCACCUCCCUCCCCUCCCAUCAAACUCUCCUCUGGUAAACCCGAGCCCCUCGACCCCCUCGAACCACUGGAUCCUCUCUCUCCAGCGGAGUCACCCAACACCUUGGGCCCUCGCAGGGUGCUGUACUGCCAGCUGUGUCCACGGGUCUUCUUUUACCUCUCCGACCUCGAGCGCCACGCCAUCACGCACUCGCAGAAGAAGCCUCACGUUUGCCAGCAGUGCGGCAAAGCCUUCAAACGCUCCAGCCAUCUGCAGAGACACAAGCACAUCCAUACAGGCCAGAGGAACUUUGUGUGCCCCAUCUGCGCCAAACGCUUCAGGGAAGCCGGUGAGCUCCAGCGCCACCAAAGGGUCCACACCGGAGAGAAACCCUACCAGUGCCAGCUUUGCCACACACGCUUCGCCGAGCGCAACACUCUGCGCCGACACACCAAGCGCAAACAUCCCUACCACCAAGUAGCCAUGGAAAUGCUGAACGAGAGAAGAGGAGACGGGGGAGGCGGUGCAGGAUCUGGAUCCGGAGUGAAGGAGGAAGAGGAGAGCGCUGAGUGGUACAACUCCACUGUGUCUAAUUUGGAUAACUCAGAGUCCGAGGUGGAAACUUAAAGAUAGACUCCAAAGUGAAGGGAUGGGUGAUCCCAUGUAACUCUGGUUAGACUCUAAAAUGUCCUCAUUAAUUAACAUGAAAAGAAAAGGGAGCACUUGCAAUAUUUAUUAUAAUUCUUAAGUUGAUUUAUUUUUAUGAACGUAUAUAUUAUUCCCAUUCCAUUUAAUGGUCCAAAAAUAUAGCCUCCGGAGUCAUACAUGAGUAUUCUUGUAUGAAAAAAAAGUUGCAUUUAUAAAAAAAGAAAUCAUGGUUUUUAUGUCCGUUCAAAAUAAUAAUUAGGCUGCUAACACGAAGUUGCAUUCCCGUACAAUCCAUGAUUUAAAAAAAAAAAA